CGCUUGCCGUACUUGGCUCCGCCAUUGUUUGACAGGUCUCGUUGCUAACCAGAGGCUUUCCUGGUUACCAACUCAACAACACCAAAAGAAAGAAACUUCCAAGCCUUCCAUGGCUUUAUAGAAAGCUUUUCGACAACACAGAAAGCAUGGAAGAGGACAAACGCCUUAGACAGACUACAAGAUGAAUCAAACUGCUCCAGCAUUCUAAUGGCGUAAGGGGUAAAGUGGCCUGGUGCUUGAGAGAAGCUGUUCAAUGGCUGCAGCAUGCAGAUUCGCUUACAAGAGCAGAGAAGCUGAUGUCACACCUGACGACGCUACACCUGUAGAAUGUACAAAGACUACAGAUCAAGUAGAGUCGCAGGACUCAACGCUUUGCCUUUUGAUCCAGCAGCCAACAACGACCCUCUUCAGUUCAACGGUUCCAGCGGGCAGCUGGUGACCGACUGUCCUCCCUUGGAAAACACUGCAGAAAACAGCAAGAAGAGGAAGAGAGCCAGCCUUCCUCCAGAAGGCAUCUGCAACAUGACAAUGGACUCCAACUCGAUUACAAUGCCGAUGUCAGACCCCAACGCCUGGGCGACAGCUAUGAAUAACCUGGGGAUGCCUCCCAUGGGAAUAACUGGACAGCCACUCAUGCCAGAUUUCGACCCUAGCCUCGGUAUGAUGGCUGGAAUUACCCCCAUGAACCCAAUGAUGCCCGGCCUCGGUAUGGUACCUGCACCUCUCUCCCAAGACGUGCCGGUUGUCAAGGAGAUCAUCCACUGCAAAAGCUGCACCUUGUUCCCCCCCAACCCCAACCUGCCCCCUCCGGCAACCAGAGACCGCCCUCCGGGAUGUAAGACUGUGUUUGUCGGCGGUCUGCCAGAAAACGCCACAGAGCAGCUCAUCAUGGAGGUCUUUGGGCAGUGUGGUGACAUCACAGCCAUACGCAAAAGCAAGAAGAACUUUUGCCACAUCAGAUUUGCGGAGGAGCCGACUGUGGACAAGGCGCUUUUCCUGUCAGGUUAUCGUAUCCGUUUGGGUUCAAGCACGGACAAAAAAGACACUGGACGCCUCCACGUGGACUUCGCGCAGGCCAGAGAUGACCUCUAUGAGUGGGAAUGUCGCCAGCGCAUGUUAGCCAGAGAGGAGCGUCACAGACGCAAGAUGGAAGAAGAUCGCCUCCGGCCACCGUCCCCUCCUCCCAUCGUCCACUACUCUGAGCACGAGUGCGGUCAGCUGGGAGACAAGAUCAAAGAUGACGGCAAAUUUCCUGAAGCGGUUCGUGUGCUCCUGACCUGGCUUGAACGAGGCGAAGUUAACCGCAGAAACGCCAACAACUUCUACUCCAUGAUCCAGUCCUCCAACAGCCACAUCCGCCGGCUGAUGAGCGAGAAGAGUCAGCAUGAAAAAGAGAUGGAAGAAGCCAAAGACAAGUUCAAGACUGCUCUGGCUGGUAUACUGGCUCAAUUUGAACAGAUUGUGUCUGUAUUCCAAGCUGCUUCCAAACAAAAGGCAUGGGACCAUUUCUCCAAAGCUCAGCGCAAGAAUCUGGACAUGUGGCGCAAACAAGCAGAGGAGAUUAGAAACAUGCACAACGAGCAGCUGAUGGGCAUCAGACGAGAGGAGGAGAUGGAGAUGUCUGAUGAUGAUAUGGAGGAUGCCCCUGACAGCAAGGACUCUGAGGACUCAGGAGUUUCCCAAGCAGAGGCAUUAAAGGAGGAGAACGACUCCCUACGCUGCCAGCUGGACGCCUACAGGAACGAGGUGGAGCUGCUAAAACAAGAACAAGGCAAAAAUCAGCCAAUUAGGAGCGAGGAGGACAACACUCACUCACAGCAGCUCAGCUUCCUGCAGCAGGCUCUACAAGGCAUGCAGAAGCAACUGUUAAAAAUGAGGGAAGAAUUAAAACAGCGGGAGGCCGAGCUGGAGAAGAGUUUGGAGGAAAAACAACAGCUGAAGAAUCAAGUGCAGAACCUGAAGGAAGGUCUCCAGAAUCUGCAAAACGCACACGUGAUGCAGCUGGAGAUGUCGAAGCAAGACGACAGAGGAAGCGAGGAGAGCGCUAAUCAAAGCAGCGAAGCCACAGCAUCGACGGUGGUGUCCUGCAGUCAGGAGAAGGAAGGUCCCACAGAGAGGAAUCCACCGAGUCCUGUCCACUCCGAGAGGGAAGCUCUGCUAGUUGGGAUCAUUUCAACGUUCCUGCACGUCCACCCGUUUGGAGCCAGCAUCGAGUACAUCUGUUCAUACCUGCAGCGUUUGGACACCAAGAUCAACCCCACCGAGGUGGAGUCUCUUCUCUCUCGGCUGCCCUGCACCUUCAGACAGGAGCUAACUGGUGUCGGAGCCAGUCUAGAGAAACGCUGGAACUUCUGCGGCUUUCAGGGCAUCAAGAGCACGUAGAGACCGCCGGCGGCACUUGUGGAGGAGAAAACAGGCGGACGAGGCAACACUGAUAUACUGUAGACAUGUGACAGAAACCAUGUAAAGUCCACAGCUAUCAAAGACCGGACUGCGCCUGCCUGUACGAGGACACAGCAGACUGAGCACGGAUCAGAGAGGAAAGUUAACAGCAUUUCAGGGACUCUGUGUGGGUGGCAGAGACGUGAAAAUGCUGCAUUUCCAUGGUUACAGUAGUGUUGACACCAAGCCCCGGUGAUGCAGUCUUCAUGAGCUUGAACUCAGUUUCUCGAUGUCGGCUAAAUAUUUUUAGACGCGAUGACUCCCCGCGAGUCGCAGAACAGCACCGAUUCCUACAGUCACUGGAUUAUUCUGUCGUUUUUUGCCCACAGGGGGCGGGGCAUUGUGAUUUCAAAGCCCACAGUUGGCUCUGUGCGGUGUCAGUGUGGGCCCGGUCCACAGGGCUACACUGGGAGGUAAUCAGGGUACGCCUGAACACUUCAACCCUCCCUCUCUUCUCUUUUUUGCUGUUCCUGGUUUGUAACAUAGAUCAAAAAAUAGAUAUAUUUCUUCAUUUUCUGUAAAGGCGGUUAACAGUUGCAUAGAAUCAUUUGUUGUAAUACACUGUAAAUGCUUGGAUGAUAUUUUUGAUUAUAAAAAAGAUGUUUGAGUAUA